UGGCUCCUUAUUGGAGGUAGUUUCCAAUUGAUUAUGGUUUGCUGGAGGUGGCCUGUAGAGCUUGUUUUAACCGUGUGACAUCAUGCAAUCCGGAUUAUUAUUCCACAUGAAAUACUGAGAAAGGGGCCUGCUGAGAGGGAGGUUCAAUAUUUUCCAUUCUUCUUCUGACUCAAUACUGUGUAUCCAAAAUGUCAACCUCUAGUUUUCCAUUUACUUGUGCUCUCGUCACCGGUGGCGGAGGAGGCAUAGGUAAAGCAUUAUCAGCGUACCUGAUUUCCAAAGGCGUCAAGGUACUUAUCGCCGGCCGCACGGAAUCAAACCUCAGGUCGACAGCCCACGAAAUUGGAGCAGCGGAUUUUUAUGUUUUAGACACAGGCAAAACAGUUGACAUCCCCGAAUUCACUUCGCGGGUGACAAAGGAGCAUCCCGAACUGGACUGCCUGAUAAAUAAUGCGGGCGUGCAACGACCGCUCGAGGUGUACAAGACCCCGACUCAAGAGUUCCUUCAGAAAGCAGACCAGGAGAUUGACAUCAAUAUCCGGGGUCCGAUGCAUCUGACUCUGGCACUGCUCGACCAUUUCAAGACAAAGCCAUCAGCGGCGGUUAUCAACAUAUCCUCUGUGCUAGGAUUUAUCCCGUUCUCAGUGAUCAAUCCAGUCUAUAACGGGACCAAGGCGUGGUUGCAUUCUUGGUCGGUGAAUUUGCGGACGCAGCUCGAGUGGGCUGGAUUGGGGGAUAAGAUCAAGGUGAUUGAGAUUGCACCACCGAGCGUGGAGACGAAUCUGCACCGCGAGAGAGAAAACCCAGACGAUAACAAGAAACAUAACAAUCCGAAUUCCUUGAGCAUAGAAGAGUUUAUGAGCGACGUGUCGCGGCAGCUAGAGAGUGGGGGGGAAAUGAUCGGGGCUGGACCAAGUGCGAACUUUGUGAAGAAGUGGUAUUCUGCUUAUGGGGAACCAUAUGACAAGGCUGCGAAGAAGCACUGAGAAGUGGUCAUGACCGUGAAACUGUGUUCAUUGGCGACUGGCCUAUGUAUUGAGACAAGAAAAGACUGAGUUCCAAGUUGCGGCAAAUGCCAGAUUGAGACCCAGAUAACAUAGUGUAUUGUUCCUGUAGUCUAACGACGAAUUAAUUGCGCAGGGAAAGAGAG